AUGUCUUCCAAGUAUUUGAUGUCGUGUUCAUCAAAUGGUUUGAUGAGAACAAAAACAUCAUCAUCCACUUGCUCAAUGUUAUCCGGUGCUCAUCAUCACCAAUGGUAUAGCAAAACUCUCGGCGGAAAGAACAUUAGUUUUGUUCAAUCACCGCUUACAUUUUCUUCAUUCCGAGGAGGCUCCUCAUGUUUCAAGAGUCUUCAUCUCAGUACCUCGGAAUCCUAUCAUCUCAUCAGAUGUUAUCAUACUUCAAGCUCUAUUCACCCAAUGAUGAUGAUGGCCAAACGAACUUCAAGUGGUGGUUCCUCCGCUGCUACUGGUGGUAAACGUGGUGCCAAAAAUCCAUUCCAAGAACAAGCCGAGCAGGGAGAAGAGGCUUUUUUCAACUCUACAUUCAAUACCACACCGGAAAAAGACCAGCCACAACAACCAUCUGUCGAUUCUUCUCUUGCGGAAAAUACAGAAGCCUAUGCCAAAAUUUUGCGUAAAUUCUUCUUAAAAGUUCACCCGGAUUUCUUUCAUCAAGAUGCUGUGAAACAACAACAAAAUAAGGAGUCCUUUUCAAAGUUGAAUGAAUUGUUGAGUUGGACGAAUGAAUAUAUGAAGUUGAGAUUGGAUGACAAGAAUGUAUCGGAAGAAGAAAGGGCAGAAAUGGAACAACGAUUGCAUCGACUAGGAAAUAUUCCAAGUGUUGGAGAUAGCUUUGUGUUCUAUGUGAGAGAACAAUCGAGAAAUGUAGAACCUUAUAGAAUUGAGGUAGUAUUUAAAUUACCAUCAAAGCUUCAAUUUAAUGGAAAACUUAAAAGUAGAUUAAUGCUUACUCAACGUUUGGAGGAAUUGGUGACCUCUCUACUGGAGAAAUCGAAAAUUAUCACAGAAUCUGAAGCCCGUCACAGAAGAGAAACUGCUGUUGAACAAUUUAAGCAAAUGGAGGAAGAAUCUUCUCAAACAGGAAAAAGAAUCUUCAGAUCUCUCAAAGAAGAACUAAGAAUGGCACUACAAAACAAUUUACAAGGUUCUAUCAAUUUAGAAAAAAUACGAAGAGGAGAAGAGGAUGAAACUGAACAAUGGUGGUGGGAUAAGGAUGUUCCCACUAUUGAACAUUUAAUUACGCACGGAAUGAUAUUCUUCUCAAAACACUUGUCUCCAGAACAAACAAUCAAAGCAAUGACCACCCUAAAAGAUGGGCUUGCUGAGAUGCGGUACUUUGAAUGGAGCGAUAUUCCAUUAAUGAUUACAGAAAAGACAGACAAAUAUGCUGUGAAUGAUCCUGUUGACGGAUUCAUUUGCGUUCCAUACAACUUUAACACCUAUGAUUUUACAAAACAAAUUUUGGAGAACCAAAAGAAUAUGAAAUUGCUCAUUGAAAAACGUGAAAUCACAAGAAAAAAGGCCGAAGCUAUUCAAAAUAUUAGAGAAAAAUUGAUUGAGGAAGUAGGAUUAUCAGAUUUAUCCAUUUCUCCAAAUCUAACGUCAGAUCAAUUGUACACCUUUAUUGAAAAUUUUGAAAAGAGAUACCUGAGUAAUGAAAAGUUAAAAUUGGUGCUCAAGGAUUUGUGCCUCGUCAUUGACAACAAAUAUACUGCAAGCCCUGAUGGUUUUGUUUCUAUUCAUUGGAACUUUAUAGAGCAUGGAAGGGACAAUUUUAUUGAAUUCUUGAGAGAUUUAGGAGCUCAAAAACUCAAAAGUAUCAAGGAUAUGGGUAAAACUCUUGUAGCAAUUCGAAAAUCAAUUGCAGUUCUUGGAGAAGAAAUUAUUGGCAAGCUAAAAUGUAAAGAAUUCAAUCUCAACAAGUAUUCUGAUUUUGAAGAAGCAACGCUGAAGAAGCAUCAGCUAUUGCCACUCACGAACGAAUUCUUGAAGAAGCUGAGAGAAUGUUGCUUGUUUUUAGAAAGAUUUGAUUGGUCCACGUAUUCCUUCUUCAUGGUGAAUACGUUGACAGCACCGAAGGAUUUAAAGCUUCCAUUCAAACAUAUUCCUAACGUUCGAACUCAAGCCGAUAUUGAUAAUUUAAUGAGAAGAUUAACGCUGUAUGGUGACACUGUUAUUGACAUGGGUGAUCGUGUGGUUUACAUUCCUAUCAAUUUCGACGAAAAUCAACUCUUUAAAUGCGUUCAAGCGCACUGGAAGGAGGUCAACAAAACAGAUCCAUCUUCGAAAGAACAUUCUGCAGCAGAGAGUGAACUUGACUUUUCCGACGUGGUAGAUCCACAAGGUUUCCAAAAUUACAGAAAUUUGUCAAGCAUGCUUGUUGAAAAAGCAGAAUUAGUAUUGUCCAAAAAACGAGCUGAAAGAUACAAAAUGUUAGCAGAAUUUUUGAAUCAUCUCGAAGAUGCACAGUUAUAUGGAAAGAGUAAGCAAGUUCUUGAGGCUGCAUUAUAUGAUCCUGAAGACAAAAGAUUUGUUGAGCUCUAUCAAACUUGGUUCAGAAUUAAGGAUCUUCCUCUCGACGAUUUUGAAACAAGUUAA